GGCCGACAGCUCAGUGCCUGUCGGGGAAGGCCGGGUGCUCCGGGGCCGGGGCCGCGUCCCGGGUGGGGGCCCAGCGGGGUCUGCCUGCACAAACCCCCGCCCUGCACAGCCGACAUCUACGAGCAGGCGGCCGCAGAGCUGGAGCCGCGCGGCUUCAAGUGCGAGUGCCUGGGCGGCGGCCGCAUCGCUCACCGCAGCGCCGAGCGCCGGAUCCACGUCUACGGUUACUCGGUGGGCUUUGGUCGUGCAAAACACUCCGUGUCUACAGAGAAGCUGAAAGCCAAGUACCCCGACUAUGAGGUUACCUGGGCCGAUGAGGGCUAUUGACAUGGCCGUGCCUGGCAGCAGCAGUGCUGAAACUGGAGCUGACCUUUCCACUUCCCUGCCCUGAGGCUCACUGGGCUCUGCUGCCUUGCCUUGGGUUGGAGCCCUCAUCUUUAAUGAAGCUCCAUGCUCUUGGGAAGCUUCUGGUGGGAGGGAGCUGAAUCUGGUGCAUGGGGAAGUUGUGGGCCUCCAGGUCCUUCAGAUAUAUGGAUCUAUGCAUUGUCUUAGUGCCAUUGACUUGCAUGGGUACAGGGUUUUAUCCUCAGUGUUGACUGUGAGAAUUAAAACAUAUGGAGAGACCAUUCA